UCCACGGCGAGGGGCCGGGCUGUGUGGAGCCUCUGCCCGCCACAGUAGGGGCUGGGCGCUGUGCAGCCCUGCCGGCCAUGGUGAGGCGCAGGACGCUGUGGAGCUGGUUCCUGCAGCUCGCCGCGCUGCCGUCGGCGGCGGGCUGGUCAGGUGGGACGCCGCAGCCGUUCAGCAGCUCCUGCUGGAGAGCCGCGGAGCCGCCGCCGUGCAAGGGGUGGAGCGGCACUAUGGAGGAGGAGGAGGAGGAGGAGGAGAAGAAGGGGGACGAGACUCCUCAGGGGCGGCAGCAGCAGCCGGGGAGUUCUUCUGAAAAAGAUAUGGAUAAGAACACAGAUGAAGAGCAGCCUUCAACUGCGUGUAACCAGUACCCUAAAGAAGCAGUGAAGAAACGUCAGAACUCAGGCCGUGGUUCCGGGAGCAGUGAUUCUUCCAGGACCUUCAGGAAAAGCUUCAGGCUGGACUACAGGUUAGAAGAGGAUGUAACUAAAUCAAAGAGAGGCAAAGAUGGGAGAUUUGCCAACCCAUGGCCAACGUGGAAAUCGCCAACCUUGCCGAAUGUUUUGAAAUGGUCCCUCAUGGAAAAAAAUAACAGCAAUGUGCCAGGCUCAGAGGAACUCGAUAAAGAGCUUCCAGUGUUGGAACCUUACUUUGUUCAAAAGCCAGAACUUGCUGGGAAGACAGGAGCUGGUAUGCGAGUCACAUGGCUGGGACAUGCCACAGUUAUGGUGGAAAUGGACGAACUUGUACUUCUUACUGACCCAAUCUUCAGCCAGCGAGCAUCCCCCAGUCAGCUGGUGGGUCCCAAGCGCUUCCGAAGGCCUCCGUGCACAGUGGCACAGCUCCCCAAAAUAGAUGCAGUGUUGAUCAGCCACACCCACUACGAUCACUUGGACUACAACACUGUGACGAGUCUGAACGAACGCUUUGGGAGUGAGCUGCGCUGGUUUGUGCCACUGGGGCUCCUGCAGUGGAUGCAGAGAUGUGGCUGUGAGAAUGUCAUUGAACUGGACUGGUGGGAAGAGAACUGUGUCCCUGGUCAUGAUGCCGUGACUUUUGUCUUCACCCCUUCGCAACACUGGUGCAAAAGGACUGUGAGAGAUGAUAACAAGGUUCUCUGGGGCAGCUGGUCUGUCUUGGGUCCUUGGAAUAGGUUUUUCUUUGCAGGAGAUACCGGAUAUUGUUUAGCUUUUGAACAGAUAGGUAAAAGGUUUGGACCUUUCGAUCUUGCAGCCAUCCCCAUUGGAGCUUAUGAGCCAAGGUGGUUUAUGAAAUACCAGCAUGUGGAUCCUGAAGAAGCAGUAAGAAUCCAUAUUGAUGUUCAAGCAAAGAAGUCAGUAGCAAUUCAUUGGGGGACCUUUGCUUUAGCAAAUGAGUAUUACUUAGAUCCUCCGGCUAAACUGAAUGAAGCUCUUGAAAGAUACGGCUUGAAAAAAGAUGACUUCUUCCUCUUAAACCAUGGAGAAUCACGGGACCUGGGUACAAAUGACAUGUUUGAAAACUGAAACCGUAGCAGUUCCUUGUAAGCCCAGUUUGAUCUGAACUAGCAAUUAAAAGUACAAAUACUAAUAUGAUGUAUUUACACAGUGCAUUUUUUAGAUUGAAUUGGAUUUCUAGGUGCCAGGUUUUAGAACUAAAACUUGCAUACCAAUUUCAUGGUAAGUUUUUCAGUCUCAGCACUAAAGCUUGCAUACCAAUUUCAUGACAAAUUUACUAGUUAUAUCAUUUAUAAAUUUUGAGAGGUCAUCUAAAACUGAUUAAUAUAAAAGGUGUUGUCUGGGAUUAACUUGCAGUUUCAACUCUGAUGUGUACCACUGAUAAAAAUUUUUAUUUUUACACUCUUCAUUUUACCUGCAACAGCAAUAAUAACCUCAGCACAGGACAUAUGCUUAGGAUUAAUGGCUGACUUGAAUUAAUCAUUGUUAGACUGUCAUCUCCCACUUGUUAGUCUUCAGGUUCUGCCCUGUACCUUGAUAGCUUCACUGUAUGUUUUGUGGGGUGGAGUCUUCCAUUACAGCUGUGUUGUUAAAGCACAAGCACAGUACAAUUGUUUUACUGAGUGCUUCUUCGUUUUCAAAUAUCGAUGAACCACAAAAACUGAAUUUUACAGUGAUCAAAGAAAUGUGCCUUUUAAAGAGAGAGAUAAUUUAAUAUUGCACCAUGGAUGUGUAAAACUAACUGCUGGCCAGAGUUAUCUGCACACUUUCAUUGUUUGGUCGAUGUUUUAAGUUAGGUCGAAUGUGUCAAAUGAAGCGCAUGAAAUGGAACAAUCCCUUAAUGGCGCUUGUCUCUGCAUUGACUCAGCCUUUUUCUAAGUUGUUUUUUUUUUUUCUUUUUAAGUGAAAAGUCUGAAGCAAGGGCUGUGGUAUUUUUUCUUAUAGCUUCCCUAUAAUUUUAAAGUUGAAUGAGAGAUUACAACAUUGUUCAGUAUUAUAAAACUUGGCUAAAUGUGUCUGUAUCAAAUUGCCGUGCUAAUUUACAGAAUUAAAGCCUAUUGUUGCCAAUAAAAAGGGUUGUUAUUCUCCUUCAUAAUUCAUUGGCAAAUUGGUUUUUGUUUAUGAUUUGUUUUGGUCUAUGGGAUAUGUUUAUUGGUUGGGUGUUUAUUUUUUUUUUUCCUCUUGCUGUGCAUUACAUUUUAUUCCAUGAAGAUAAAAACAAUUUUUAAAGAAGACACAUUAUUUGAAGACAUGAACUUCUGGCAACUAAUUAAAACCAGCUAAUGAGAUUUCAUGCUAUGAACAAUCUGAAGUAAUCUUUUAACUGUAGACAGUUAUCUCUUUUAGGACUUCCCAAUAUAAAUAUUUUAAGUCUUAUAGAUCUUCAUAUCAACAAAGAACAGCAAAAGGAAGCAAAGAUGAGUUAGUCCAAGUUCAUGCUGAGGAAGGGUUCUGGAAUAGAGAUUACAAUUAUAUGUAGGAAAAAGCAGCUUAUUUGCUUUGGUGGGGUUCAUCUUUGACAAACAUGAAGAUUUCUUUAUUUAAAAAGGUAAUUCUAGUGUCAUGUAGAUGUAUUCACCAGAAUUUGUUCAAAAAGGGGUUUAAAACUACUCUGUUGUUCAGUGUUGAUUUUGGGAGGCUAUUUCAGAUGAAGUCUCUAUUGAGCCUUUUAUUUACACAACAGCUUCGAUUACAAUUUGAGUCAUAUAAUGCAUAUUACAUGUUCAUAAUUUUGUGGAGGACACCAAGCUGCAGGAAUUUUCGACUUCUUUGGAGGACAAGGUUAAAAUUAAGGCUGGUUUUGUUGUAGGUUGGGUUUUUUUCCUGUUUGCAAAAUCAUCAAUAGAUUAUUCUGGAAAAUUAUGUCCUUUAGAAAGAGUGAAACUAAAAUAUAGAAUACCCAGAUAAGCAGCCACAUAGUAGAGAAAUAGUGACUUACACAGAUCAGAGACAUAUUUUGUUUUGAAUCUAUUAAUUCACAACAUUUUUAGGUAGAAUGGUGACUGUUACGUUUUGCUUGGUGUUGAUAAGAUUCCAUCCAGGGUGGGGGGUAGGGAAUAAAAAAAUUAGACAUCCUUGCAUGAAGGCACUUUGGAGAGUCUUGCAUGAUUUUAGAACAUCUCAACAGCAUUGUUCUAUGAAGAAAGCGUUUAAAAAUAGGUCUUUCUAGACCAGAAAAAGACAACUGAGAAAACACUGUAACAACUUUUUGUGUAUUUUUAGAAAAUGUCACUUGUUUCUGUCAGCUGUCAAAGCAAAGGAUAAAAGGUCAACUCUACCAAAAAGAUAUUUAAAAAACUUCUUUUUAAGUUGGAGAACAUGAAAAGGGACAUCUAGACAUCUCUGUUACUCAGCUAAAGUAAACAUACACAUCAGCUAUACCUAGAACAGUCUAAUCUUAAGGUCUCAUCAGGAGAGGAGAGUGGGAUUGGUAAAUUCUUAGUGUCUGGCCUAGCUUUUAUUUUUGUUUGUUAAAUUCAGCAGCAGAACACAUUAAGUCUACAAAAAGUGGCAAAACAUUAAGUGAUUGUAAUGUAACUUGCUUAUUAAAAACUGUACAGUGUUUUAGGAGCAGUGGGAAGGAGAAAGGGAAGUUCACUGUCAAUGCAGCAAUUGUCAAAGUUCUGACUGGGAAUCAUGCCAACUUCUAUUUCUGCCUUGACUGUAUUCCUGGUGAGUUAAAACUACCUAUGUGGUUAAAUUAGAUACAUGUAGCUUUACCCCUGUAUUGAUCAGGGCAUACAUAUGUUGCAGUUUCAAGGUCAUCUUUUUCUUGCAGUUUUAGCUAAUUGCAAAGUCACCUUCUGAAAAUAACAUCUAUUGUAUUACAGAAAGAGAAGAUAGGAAUGUUUUAUUAAGAGCAGAGUGGGUAUAUUAAGUUAGAUGAAGCACCUGGUAACAGUUUAGGUGACACAGUUCUCUUAAAAAUGGUACAAAGUGGAAAACCGAUGCUUUUUUUACUUUCUCUAUAAUACAAGUGUUAGGAAGUUUUUUAGCAGUCUGGUUUGAGAAGUCUUUUCCAGUAUGUUUUCUGUUCAUCAAUGAAACUCCAUUCAGGUUCUUUUACAGUGAUGUUUGUAUGUAUUCCACUUCAUUUUGAAUUAAUGCUCAAUUGAUGACUUAAACUUUAUGGAGGCUAAUUCAGCAAAAGCACUUAUUCCAAUGAUGUUCCAGUUGCAGAAAAAAGGAGUAAAGUUCUCCAAGGAAAGCAGGCUCAAGGGCUGCUACAGAAUAGGAAGCUUUUGUAAAAAUGUGUAUGAUACUGCUUCGUAGACUUUUUUAUAAAGACGAGAAUACUAAAUUGAAGUUGCAGAUAAUGUUUGACUCUUAAUAAAAUAUUUUUAAAAAUA